GUGCUGUCUCUAUGUUGAUGUCUUGUGUUUUUGUGUGUGUACGAUUUACGUGAAGAAUAUGCCGGUUAUCAAAGAGAUGAUGUAUAAGUGACAUGAAGUUUCUUGAGAGCAAAUCAAUAUGGCACUCAAGCUCGGAAAAUGCAGGCUUUGCCUCAAGCUUGGCGACUUUUACUCCAUCUUCACGGUCGACAAUGCCUUGCAACUUGCGGAGAUGGCAAUGGAAUGCGCCCGGGUGAAAAUAUAUGAUGGUGAUGGGCUGCCAGACAAAGUGUGUUCAGAGUGCAUUCAGAAACUCAGUAGCGCCUACAUCUUCAAGCAGCAGUGCGAGCGAGCUGACCAGGAGCUACGCCGCAACUAUGUACCACCACCAGGAUUUAGCAUCCGGUCUGCCAGUCCAACACCUCCAAACCGGCAAAGCAGUGAUUCCGCCUUCUCCAAUCAUACCGACACCUCCAACUUGACCAAAGCUCCAUCUGCCACCGAGGAAAAAGUAACACCCGCUGCUAGAUCAAGGAAGCGUAGCAUAGACAGCAUCGGCAAUGCAUCUACUGGGGCUUCCAGUGACUACAGACCCAGCGGCUCUAAACGCGUCGAGGAACUCAGAAGGAGUUACAAAAGACCCAGAAAACUGUCGGGCAACAUAUCGCAAUUAGACUCCGAUUACGAUGACAAUAGCGCCCCGUACUUACCAGAAACUGAUUCCGACGAGCCUUUACUUAAGAGUAACUACAAAUGCAACUACUGCCCCAAACAAUUUCCAUCUGCAAGAAGUCUCAUCAAUCACAAGAGGAUACACGAAAAAAAAGAAACACUCGGCCAAAACGCCGUCGUCGAUAUACCCCAAGAUAGCGGCGACGCUACAGACGUAGAAGAUAAACUAAACUGCGACAAAUGCGGCAAGACAUUCAAAUUGAAGAUCAUGUUGAAGCGUCACCAGGAAAUAUGUGCUAAGGCGACCAGUCCCGUCAAGCCUCAACAGAAGGAGUUGCUCAUUUCACUAGAGCCGAUCGAUGGCAUGACCAAUCGGAACAUAGUGUGUGAACUGUGCAAUGCCAAAUUCAAGGCCGUUGAUAAUUUGGCAAAGCACAUGAAGGUAGUUCACGCUGCGGUAUUGAAAAGAGAAAAGCGGGAGAACGGAAAGGUUGCAGUGCCGUGUCUGUUCUGUCAGAAGUCAUUCGAUGACUAUUACGUUCACAGUGCGCAUUUCAACUCGUGUGCCAACAGGGACGACAGUGUACCGUUUGAGUGCCCAAUAUGUAAAAAGCUAACAUCGAGGAAGACUUCCUACUUCCAACACCUUAAGAACAUGCACUUCGAGCCUCGCAUGUCGCACGAGCGGGCGGCCGUGGAGCCGCAGACGCAGGACUACCACGAGUGCAGGAUGUGCUACAAGAAGCUCGCCUCGCAGGAGCUGCUCAUCACGCACCUGGCGGCGCACGUGUCCAACAUCGACGGUAAUGACGCCGCGGCUGACAACGACUCCAGGGCAAGCACCAUGGACGAUUCUGCAUCAAUCCAGUCAGUACCAAGUCAAUCUCAUACCCCCACCCGACUACUAAAAUGCAAAACAUGCCAAAAAGAGUUUAAAUAUAAAAGGUCUCUGGAGACUCACGAGGCGCGGUGUCACUCUGAAGUACCUGUAGAAGUGAAGGUGGAACCACCCGAUAAGCCGUCGACGAGCCUACUGAGCGAGACAGUAUACCGCCAAACCGAGUCAGAUUCUAGUCAAGAAGAGGAGGACAACACGUGCGAUAUCUGCGAGAAGCAGUUCUCGUACCGCAGACUACUGUUGCACCACAAGCGCACCAAGCACAACAUGAGCUCGGGGCACAAGCGCGCCAAGAUCUACCUGAAGGACUGCUCCGUGCGCUGCCUCAUCUGCGACCUCGACAUGAAGGUGGCGGGCAUCAACGAGCACAACCAGAUGCACACCUCCAAGAACAUGAAGCCGCGCAACAUCUACACCUGCGCCGAGUGCGGGGACACCUUCAAGAGCUGCGUCGCGCUCGCUAACCAUAUCAAACUCAUUCACAGGCUCAAACAGAAGCGGGUAGAAGAGACCGUUAACCCGUCGGAUUUUUGUGAAGUCGUUGUGGCAAAAGCGGAACCCCUGGACUGGAUCCAGAGUCACAACGACUUUGGUGAGGUUCCGGGCGCAGAGAGCAAGCCGCUAGUCGACCUGAGCGGUUUCACCUGUCCCAUCUGCGGCAAGAAAAUGGCCACCCUCAUAUCUCUGAAGAGGCACGUCAACUGGCACACCAAUGUUGGUAACAAUAUUGAAAAGAAGUACCAGUGCUCUGUCUGCAAUGAGGCGUUCAAAUUCCAGUGUCACUACAAGAUCCACAUGCGCGAGCACUACCACGACACGAACCUGGACCCGAAGCACCUGACGUGCGCUAUCUGCGGGCGGCGCAGCAAGCACCUCCGCGCCGCGCAGGCGCACAUGAACUUCCACAAGCAGACGCGCUUCCAGACCAAGGACUACCAGUGCUCCAUCUGCGAACGCGUCUUCCAGCACCGCAAGGUCUACCUCUCGCACAUGGCCAUACACUACAAGAAGGGCGACAGCGUCCAGAACACGGUGGUGGGCGACGCGCUACCCAGCAACGUCGACAAGCAAGUGUACGACGGCACCCACACCUGCCGGCACUGCGGCAAAGUGUGCGACUCAGAGAACUCCCUCAAACAUCACUUAAUCUGGCACAACUCUAAAACGUUCCUGUACGGCGCCCGGCACGAGUGCAGCAUCUGCAAAGUCAAGUUCACUAACAAAAGACGACUCGAAAUCCACAUCAGAUCGCACUACGAGGACGACAACGGCCCCUACAAGUGCACCAUUUGCGGCAAGGGCUACACUGACGAAGGCUAUUUCCAAAAACACGUGAAGGGACACAACUUCGAUCACCAGUCCCACAAAAAGAGAAUAGAGAAAAUCCGCAAGGAUAAAGUCAAGUGUCCAAUUUGUACGCGGUAUUAUCCCGACUUGGUGAAACUUAUCCGUCACUUGAGGCGGACACAUCCUGAAAGUAAGAUGAUCAAAGCCGAUCCUGACGCUCCACCACAAUCGUACUUUUCGUGUAAAUUAUGCGCCAAAGUAUUUCUGGACGAAAGACGGCUACAGUCACACGAGGAAGCUCACCUCAGGAAACCAGAGUUCUUUAAAUGCAAGUUCUGUGGCAAGAAGACGAUAUCGCUGCGGAGCCAUCGCAUGCACAUAAAGAGUCACUUGGCGCAGAAACAUUUCGAGACUCCGCUGAAGUGCCCGCACUGUGACGAGACGUUCGUGAAGGGCUACGGGCUGCACCACCACCUGCGCGACGCACACAACAUCGACGAGAACUGGAUCGCCGACCGCUCCGACCAGCCGCUCACCGGACCGCUCAAAGAGCUACAAUGCUCCAUAUGCAUGAAGGUCCUCGCCAGCAAGGGGAACUAUGAGCGACACAUCGAUUACCACAACUCCCUGAGGUGUAACUACUGCUUCGAUUACUUCAGCUCGCUCAGGUUCCUCGAAGGACAUUUAGCAUUCUCCUGCGAGAAGAAGAAGCUCUUAGGCGAUACAGAAGUUUACCCUAAGAGAGUAAAAUGCAAUAUUUGUUACAAAGCAUUCCAUGUUCAAGUGAAACUAGACUGUCAUCUGCGCACGCAACACGGCAUUAUAGUCAAUAGAGAAGCGUCCACGGGCAAGCAAGAAAUUGUCUGUGAUUACUGCUUCAGAGUUUUCGAAAAUGAGUAUGCUCUAAACACUCAUAAAAUCUACCAUCGAACUGUUGGAUACUAUGGAUGUAUUUACUGCAGUAAAAAGUUCAGCACGUUGGUUUUGUACCGGAAACAUAAGAACCACCACUUGGCACAGCUGAACGUGGAUAAUCCGACCAAGUGUGAACAUUGCGAUGAGACGUUCGUCGCCUUCCGAGAUAUGAUAACCCACAUGCGAGAGGAGCACGGAGAUGACAAGGAGUGGUUCACCGAGCCCCGCGAGUCUAUCGAGGAGACCUGCCCGAUAUGCAACAAGCGAUUCUACAACCUGCACAGACAUUUAACUUAUCAUGAAGAAAAUAAGUGCAAGAAAUGCAGUGAGUAUUUCUACUCCAGAGUGGAUUACGAUAACCAUCUAUGUGCCAUAGAGAGUGAUGACGAAGGCACAGGAUACGUGGUAAGCGAAGAUACUUUCAAAUAUGAGGAGUGCAAGUUCUGCUUCAAACCCAUCACCAAGAAGAGUACUAAACGGUUACACAACCAGAUACACAAGGGAUCCGGCUCUAUAUCUUGUAGGUUCUGCACUCUCAAGUUUAAAACUAUGGACGCCUUUAACAUACACGCAUUUUCUCAUCGAAGUAGAAAAUACACUAAGAAACCGAUAAAAUGUCGAAAGUGUGGCGAGAAAUUUAUUAAAUACGGACCAUUUAUGAAGCACAUGAAACUGGUUCACAAAUGUGUGAAGAAGAUGCACUACAGGGCAGUGGUGAAGCCAGACAAGUGUGUUGUAUGUGGAGACGACUUCCCCAAUCUGCACAACCACUACCGCGCUCACCUGCUGAACCAGUGCCAGGGCUGCCGCAAGUACUUCACGUCCUUCAAGGUGAUCUCUGCGCACGAGUGCGGCAAGGAGGACAUCGACCCGUCUAAAGUGUUCACGUGUGACGCCAACUUGAACCAGCUCAUCAACACGUAUGUUCCUACUGACGAGAAAGAUGAUGAGAAGUUCUACGGCCACACUGAUGACGAAGACGAAGAAGAUGAUAUUAAUCCGCUAGUGUAUGAUGAGGAGAGUCAGGAAAGUAAGGACAUACCCAUGAUCCAGUCGCCGAUUAUAUCUGAUGUACUGUCGCUGUUCAAGUCGGAGACGAAUGGCUUGGACGUGCCGGGUGAUAAGGCCGACCACGUGGUCAAUAUUACUGAUGACGACUCGGUCGACGUCGAUGAUUCUCUUGUACCAGUCGUUGUCGUUAUUGAUGAUGAUUAGAAACAUUUCAAUCAUCGAGAUUAUUAAAUGUGCUACUAUAUAAGGCGAUUAUCACACUGCCCCGCAUGAUGCAGCGUAGUGCGUGGAUGCGUUUUUUUUCGUUGUAUGGAAAUAUCUCCGUUUGUAUGGA